AUGGCCGGUGCCGUAGCUGCUGCUGUCCUUCCAACUCUCAUCACCCAACUCCCUAAUCUCAUCAACACAUUCAAGGGACUCUUCGGCGCAGCUGAAGAGGAUGCCCCCCUGACAUCUGAGCAAGUCGAAGCAGCAAAGAGAGCACAAGCAGCCCUGCAAAAGGUUGGCUCCUCGACCGGUGACUACGAGGGAGACCAAGCUGCAUUCCUUGGCAGCAUCUUCCUCCCUGGUAUCACUCCCAUCCUCGACUUGGCCACUGGCGGCGCCAGCAGGAACCCACUCCUCGGUGCACUCUUCCCCUUGAUCAGUCAAACACAAGAGUGGGCUUCCUCGCACAGCUUUGAAAGCAGUAACGAGAAGGUGCCAUCUCCAGACCAGGCUAAAGGUCCCGUCGAUACUGCACUCGCCGAGGCCUAUCGAUUCAUUCAGACCUUGACCUAG